UUUCUAUUUUGAGGACAAUUACAAGGAAUCCAUGCGUGUCGGCCUGCGGGUCCAGCUUGGCAGCAAAAUCCAUGGUGCAGCGCGCGCGCCUUAUCCUCGCUCGCUACAGCUGAGGUAGUAAAAGGGAAAGAGGGAAUCAUCAUCGCUGAUCCAUGAUCGAGCGAACAGGAUCUCCCUCACCAAUCAAAUCAUCACUCUGUCUGAUGAAAACGGAUAGGAGAGGAGGAGGACACUACUGAACCAGACAAACUGUUCUCAGCUCAGCUGCCUCCUUGGAGCCAAAGGCCGUGUGUGAGCUGCUUCUUCUUCUUCUUCUUCCCUGGACAUGAAUUCCAGCCGGAGCCUCCUCACGUCGCCCCUCUUCCCUACCAGUUCUCCAAACUUCAGGGGCGCCGCCUCCUCACCAUCCCCCUCCCGCACCUCAGUUUGUGCAGUUCCGAUGAUACAUGACAGCACCGGCGGCCGAGCAUCCACCGCAUGCCACUACUCGCCGUCGCUCGUAGCAGAAGAGCAGCAUGCCCAUGGCGCGGUCUCCCUCAAGGGCGAGAAGGCCUUGCUGGAGUUCCUGCUGGACAUGGCUUUGGAACAGCACACGGAAGGGAAGAGCCUCACAGGCGAAGACGGGGCGGAGGGUGAGUUUGAGAGCUAUCUGCGAGGCCUGCAGCGGCAAGUCAUUUACCAGCAGGCGUUCGGUGAAAAGAACAGUUUUAUUCCCGUUACCACUUCAACGUCAACGCCGGACGCGCAAUCAGGUGCUAUUUUGGACCGUGGUGCAACCUCAGCAGCAACGGUGAUGAAGGAGGUGACAAUUUUGACAGAGGAAUCAGGCACAAGUGUCGAGUCGAAGCACCCUUACGACAAACUGUUGAGCAAUGGCCAAGUGUUCAUUCGAUCGACACGGUUGCUUGAGAGAAGAUCGAAGAAACGCAAUGUUCCUCGAGCAUCAACAAGCACUGAUGUUGUCCAGUGCAGUGUCGCCGACUCCAAGAAGAAAGACAGGCCAAAGAAGUAUGGCAGGGUUCUCGGUCCAGACGAACCCUUCAGGUUGUUCCUACGAGACCGCGAGACGACAGAGUUCCUGACGGCAAAGGAAGAGAGACACCUGUUCAGUCAGAUACAGAAUCUCAUGAGACUAGAGGAGGCUCAGCGUAGGCUAGAAGAGCAAUGUGGCCGCGAGCCGACCCUUCCGGAGUGGGCUCAGGCCGUAGGAAUGAGCUGCAAGGACCUGCAGUCGUCCAUACACAUCGGAAGGCGCUGCAGGGAGAAGAUGGCUCGCUCCAACUUCCGCCUUGUGAUACACGUAGCUAGGAAAUACCAGGGAUAUGGCCUUGACAUUGAGGAUCUAGUUCAGGACGGAUGCUGUGGGUUGAUGAAGACCUUCGAGAAGUUCAAUCCAAGCAAGGGAUGCAGGUUCCCGACGUACGCGUACUGGUGGAUACGCCAAGCAAUCAAAAAGUCUAUCUUCAAGCAUUCAAGACUGAUUCGGUUGCCGGAGAGCGUGUAUGCUCGUCUGAAAAAGGUGGGGAAAGCAAGGCUGGAGUGCAUCUUGGAAGGGGAGCAGCCUACUAACCAAAAUGUAGCUAGGCGUGCGGGCAUCUCGAUCGAGAAGCUGGCGAAACUCAAAGCAAAGACCAGAAAGCCACGAUCAAUGCAGGAUCAAGUUUGGUCCAACGACGCAGUCACCUUCCAGGAGAUCACGGAGGACCCGAACAUCGAUUCGCCGGACCUGGUGGUGGACAGGAUCAUGAUGAGGCAGCAGGUGCGGGAGUUCCUGGGCAUCCUGAGCACGAGGGAGAAGGAGAUCGUCGAGCACCGGUUCGGGAUCUACGACGGCGAGCCCAAGACGCUCCACGUGAUCGGCGACAUGUACGGCCUGUCCAAGGAGCGGAUCCGGCAGCUCCAGAACCGGGCCUUGGACAAGCUGAAGCGGAGCGUGUCGACGCAGGGGUUCGACGUCUACUUGGACCUGCUGACCUCGAACGACUAGGCGGCGCCUCAUUUGUUCUCGGUUCGAUUGUUCAUACAAAAGGAAACACACAUGUAUGUAUGUAUGUAUGUAUGUAUGUAUGUAUGUAUGUAUGUAUGUAUCCUAAGAAGCUAGAACCCCACUGACAUGUGCAAGCCUCCUAGAACUGAAGCAGAAACACAAACAACACACUUUCAGAGUUUCAGUGUCAUGCUUUUUGGCCGGGUGUAAGUAGUAAAAUUUCGCAGGAAAGCAAAGCUGGUGGUACAUACUACAUACAUACUGAUACUACAAUUAAUUUCUUGCAACCAACACACUUUGACCUUUCA